AUGCAAUUAAUCCGUCUCCUCGUCUUGGCAUUUGCCGCUUUCGUAGCAGCAUCUCCAUACUCGACCCUCAGUCAUACUGAAGGCGGCAAAGGUGGAAAAGGAGGAAAGGGUGAUGAUGACGGUGAUGAUGAUGGACCACAAACCUGCAACGAUGCUCUACAAACUCUACCCAAGUGCGCAUUGCAAUGUGUAAUCCAACCUCCUAUCGACGCUGGCUGCAAAUCUGCUGCAGAUUUCUCUUGCACUUGCGAACAUGACACCAACAAAGCCAUUACUAAACAAGAAACACCUUGUGUCCUCGACCACUGCAGUCUUCAAGAUUCCAUUGGAGCUUUGAAAGCCGGUCGUCUUAUCUGCGAUCUUUGCAACGUUCCUUCAAACGAUACCGACUCCUACAAUUAA